AUGAGCGAUGACGUCCGAUUUUUCUACAACCCCUGGGAGUAUGAGGGCGGCAGGGCGGCAGCUAUCGAGAAGCUGAUCCAGGUCGCCACCGGCGGCUACUACAAUCCCGGCCUCAGCCGCGACGCCCUCAAUGGCUCUGUCGGCAUCAGCCGCGGCGACGCGGCCGCCUUCAUAAUGGGCACGACGCUCACCACGAUCUCCGGCCGCCCGCCGCCGGAGCGGCCGCGGCAGCGGGUGAUGGCCGACUUUGUGGCUUUCGACGGCCGGCUGGUCGACAGGCACACGACAGAGGACGGCUCUGAGUAUGUCUGGGUGGUGUUUGGGCUGCCGGAGGGCUACGUGGAGGACGGCAGCAGCAGCAGCAGCAGCAGUAGCAGCAGCAGUAGCAGCAGUAGCAGUAGCGACGACGACGACGCGGCCAGGAGCGCCGCGGCCGCGGCUGCAGGGGUUGAGGCGGAGCCGGGGCGCGAGGGCGGGGGCGCGGACGGCAGCGGCGGAAGGGAUGAGGAGCAGGGGACGAGGGAGGCGCAGGCCGCGAUUUCGGCGGCGACCCGGGCGCCGCGGGGAGACAACGCCGGCGGCACCGGCGGCCCUGCCGCCGGCGUCAGCGGCGCGGCGAUCGGAGGAGCGCCGGCCGGCCCGGCCCCGCGCCGCGCCGGCGGCGGCGGCGGCGGAUCUUCCUUGCAGGAGGUGGACCCCUCUCAGAUCAUCGAUGCAGAGUUUAUCUUCCCGCGCGGCGACGACAUCGUGAACGUGCGCGCCGCGUCGCGCGCGGAGCCGGGGCUGGAGCGGGGCCGGCUGGCGCUGUCUUUCGAGCGCGGGGUCGUCCUCGAGAGGAACCAGGCGCGGGCGCGGCUGGAGGAGCUACGAAAGGCGCUGCGGUGGGAGGUCGUCCCAGUCAUGUCUGAUGACGACCCGAAGUUCAACAACGACCGGCCCCUCUUCUUCGAGCGCUUCUUCUCCCCCUUUGUCAGGCUGCCGGGCCAGCAGCAGCAGCCCCCACAGCAGCAGCCCUGA